UCAGCGCGACAGGCGGCUUCAGGGUGCAAGAUGGCGUCAGGAAGUGGGUCGAAGAACGCAGAUUUCCGUCGAAAGUGGGAUAAAGAUGAAUAUGAGAAACUUGCACAGAGACGAAUCACGGAAGAGAGAGAAAAGAAAGAUGGCAAACCACUACAGCCCCCUGUCAAAAGGGAGCUGCUCAGGCACCGAGACUACAAAGUGGAUUUGGAGUCCAAGUUGGGGAAAACCAUUGUCAUUACAAAGACCACACCUCAGUCUGAGAUGGGCGGUUAUUACUGCAAUGUCUGUGACUGCGUAGUGAAAGAUUCAAUAAACUUUUUGGACCACAUCAAUGGCAAAAAACAUCAGCGGAACUUGGGGAUGUCCAUGCGAGUAGAACGCUCCACGCUGGAUCAAGUUAAAAAACGAUUUGAAGUAAAUAAGAAGAAAAUGGAAGAAAAACAAAAGGAUUAUGACUUUGAAGAGAGAAUGAAAGAACUGCGGGAAGAGGAGGAAAAAGCACGAGCCUAUAAAAAAGAAAAGCAGAGGGAGAAAAAGAGGAAGGCAGAGGAAGAUUUGGGGUUUGAAGAAGAUGAUGAAAUGGCAGCUGUCAUGGGUUUCUCAGGGUUUGGUUCCUCAAAAAAGAGUCACUGAUUGAACUUGAAAGCAGCAGUCUAACCACCGAGCAGAUAUUUUCUCUCCCCCACGUCUUAUUUAACCAGAGCUUUUUGUGAAUAACCAUAAUCUAUUAUGCCUCAAGUAGUUUUUCUGCUUGACGCAGAGGAUUAUGGGAGAACCCAGAGAUCUAGCAAACAGUUGUGCAGACCAAAACUGUGAAUCGGUAAUGCGCUAACCCUGAUUUUCUUACAAGCCACGUAAUCGCUUCUUAGUCGUAUGAGCUGAUAAUCCCACAUCUAAACGGCUAUUUAUAUCUGGCUGCCUCCGUGUGGUGCCAGGGUUUAAGAGAUAAAAGCCUUAACAAUGUUUUUUAAAGAAGUCCGAUUUUGGAUAGGUGCUGUCAUUCUUCCCUCACCUCUGCCUAGAGUCAAUAAGCUGUUUCGUAGUGAAUCCUGGAGCCAUCUAUGUCUACUGCCAAUGCAUUAUAGGGGUUGUACUGAGAUGGUCUUGACAAGUCAAUCAGGCAUGUGAUCUUAGACCAGGGAUGGGCAAACAGGCUCUCCAGCUGUUGUAAAACUACAACUCCCAGUAUGCCGUCUGCCUACAGCAGGGCAUGAUAGGAUUUGUAGUUUACAACAGCUGGAGAGCAGCAGUUUGCCCAUCACUGUCUUGGACCCCUAGACAGUUGAUACUAGGCCCUCCACCCAAUCCCAAAAAUGAAGGAGUUCCAAAUUGACUGGUGGCCCGCAUGUAUGGUCAUUCUCCAAUGCAGUGAAUGGAUGGUACAAAAUACUUGAGUUUGCUCAGAGGUCACUCUUUUUCCUAUGGAUUUAAAUCAAAUGUUGCAGUCUGUGACUGGCUUAUUUUUGACUUGGUGAUUUUCCUAAAUGCUGGGCUCUUCUUCUAAGGACCUCUGUGACAACCCUUUUUAAUGCUCUUCCUGGCAAACUAACAUGCUCAAAUGAGCAGAAGUCAAGGACCUUUACAGCGGAAAUAAAAUGUCGGACUUGCUACCAGUCAGAUAUAAAGUUGUAUGGCUGUUUUUUGACAACUUGCAUGGAUUGAAGACUGGCAUAUACCCGUCAGAGAGGGGAAGCGAUUUUGAUUAUUUGUGGUUUACUGAAAGCCUUCUAUAGUUUACAUUUUAGCAUUGUUUCACAAAUGUUGAGUUUUUCUAAUUGCAGAAAAUUGGUGGUAUGAGAUUACAAAAUAUGGCUUCUUUCUUCCAGAAACCGUGCCACCUUUGUCAGUGGGUUUUGUAUGGUAUUGCAGUCUAGCCCUUUUCACAUGAUCAGCAGCGAGACUAGAACCAGCCCGUGGACAAGAUUUUUUUUUCUAAUCUCAGACAACGUCUUCACCCAAUCAUAAAAAUCUAAAUGAAUGCUAAAUCGUAAACUUGUAUAUAAGGCACUCCCAGUAGAUUGACUUCAGGUAUUACAAAAAUCAAAAGCUCUGAUUAAUAUAAAAAGACUCUUGUGUCAUUGGUUACAACA